UACAAAAUGGCAUUAUGGCGUGUAUACAGUAUAAUUAUUAUUGAAUAUUCAAUAUCGCGUACGGCUUGCUGAGACUACCGUCCCGUGAAUUGUUAUUUUUAUUUAUUAAUUGUUACACUUACAAGUCAUUUAGUAUUGUAAAUAUAUAAUGGGCGAAGACAAAGAAAGAGAACGAGACAGGGACCGUGGAGAAAGAGACAGAGAGCGUGGUGAAAGAAGACGACGUUCUAGAUCUAGGGAUCGGGAACGUCAUCGUCGACAUAGAUCAAGAAGUCGUGAAGGACGCAAACGUAGUCGAUCUAAGUCACCUAAAAAUAAGUCCAGACGUAGAAAGCCAUCUCUUUAUUGGGAUGUUCCGCCACCGGGUUUUGAACAUAUUGCACCUCUUCAAUAUAAAGCCAUGCAAGCUGCUGGACAAAUACCGGCUAAUACAAUGCCAGACACCCCACAAACUGCUGUUCCUGUUGUUGGGUCCACAAUAACACGCCAAGCUAGACGAUUGUAUGUUGGAAACAUACCAUUUGGUGUAACUGAGGAUGAAAUGAUGGAGUUUUUCAAUCAACAAAUGCAUCUCUCUGGAUUGGCCCAAGCUGCUGGUAAUCCUGUACUUGCUUGUCAAAUUAAUUUAGAUAAAAAUUUUGCAUUUUUGGAGUUUAGGUCUAUAGAUGAAACUACACAAGCAAUGGCUUUUGAUGGUAUUAAUUUCAAAGGCCAAAGUUUAAAAAUAAGACGACCACAUGAUUAUCAACCAACGCCAGGAAUGACUGAGAGUAAUCCAGUGACAAACUUUAAUUCUGGAAUGACAUUAGACAUGAUGAAAUAUGAUUCUAGUUCUUUUGGCCUUGGGACAGUUCCAGAUUCACCUCAUAAAAUAUUUAUUGGAGGAUUACCAGCAUACCUUAAUGAUGAACAGGUGAAGGAAUUACUUACAUCAUUUGGUCAGCUAAAAGCAUUCAAUUUGGUUAAAGAUGCUGCUACUGGUUUAAGUAAAGGUUAUGCUUUCUGCGAAUAUGCUGAUGUUGUAAUGACUGAUCAGGCCAUUGCUGGUUUGAAUGGUAUGCAAUUAGGAGAAAAGAAAUUAAUUGUACAAAGGGCAAGUAUUGGAGCUAAAAAUCCAGGGCUUGGACAAGUACCUGUUACAAUUCAGGUUCCUGGACUUACAGUUGUUGGAACUGCAGGACCUCCAACUGAGGUUUUAUGUUUAUUAAAUAUGGUUACACCUGAUGAACUUAAAGAUGAAGAAGAAUAUGAAGAUAUUUUAGAAGAUAUUCGUGAAGAGUGUAAUAAAUAUGGUGUAGUUCGAUCAUUAGAAAUUCCACGACCAAUUGAAGGGAUUGAUGUGCCUGGUUGCGGAAAAGUAUUCAUUGAGUUUAAUACUAUUGUUGACUGUCAAAAAGCUCAACAAGCUUUAGCUGGGCGAAAGUUUAACAACAGAGUGGUAGUUACCUCAUUCAUGGAUCCAGACAAAUAUCACAGAAGAGAAUUUUAAUUGCAAUAAAAUAAUCAACCUAUGAAAUUAUUUAAA